GUGGUUAAAGAUGAUGGCAUUCUAAUGUACAUGGUAAUGACUAUAACCAACAUAUCGCAACCCUUAGAGUUAUCCCUGAUACGCAAAAAAUCAGCCGCUAAGCAUUUGUCGCAUGUUUUUUUAUUGGUUCGAGAUGCCCACAGCGUAACCCAAGCCUGGAUGCGUGCUAGUUUUCGUCAAUUCUGGAAAAUCUGGCUUCUUAAUAUUGUGAUUGUCUUCUGGCGGGAGAAGCGAUUGCAUAUCUAUCGCUAUAAUCCCUUUACGGAUAAUUAUCUAAUAGCCGUUGAUCAGGCAGAGCCGGGACAUAUUCCCACAUUGUUUGAACUUUUUCCCAAGACAAUACCGAAUAUGCAACGCAAACCGUUCAGAAUGUGCAUCUAUGCGGACGAUGUAAGAGCAUUUUAUGGAUCGAGGGGUGAGAUUUAUGGAACAGACGGUCUAAUGGCAUAUUAUUUGGCUGAGAGACUAAAUGCCACAAUGAUGGUGACCCGUCCCCAAUUCUAUCGCAAUCACAAUCUCACUUCCGAUAUUUGUUUCAUGGAGGUGGCGAGGGAAUUCGAUGACGUUGCCAUGAAUAUACGUUUCUAUGCGCCGGAUACAUUUGACAGGCAGGCGGAGGCCACCAUAGCCCACAAUCGUGAUGACUUGUGUGUGAUUGUGCCAAAAGCUCAGGGGGCUCCGAAAUUCUGGAACAUAUUUCGCUCCUUUCAGCUCUGGGCGUGGCUGUUCAUUUUGGGUUCAGUGUUUUUGGCCUAUAUAUUUUGUCAGAUAGUGUAUCGGCAUCAUAACGCCCCCCUGGAAGUGGGAAUGCAACUAUAUGCUUGCACUCUCUCACUGCCCUUAUCCCAUGUACCAAAUAACUAUUCAUUAAGGCUCUUUUUGAUCUGUUGGCUUAUAUUCGGGAUGCUCAUAUGUACAGCCUUCAAGGGUAAUUUGACCAGUAUGCUAGUAUUUCAGCCAUUUUUGCCGGACAUCAAUCGGAUUAUAGAUCUGGCUUCAUCCAAUUACCGUAUAAUGGUACGACCAAGACACACCAAGCACAUUAACCAUUUCCUCACAUUGGGCCACGAGCAGGAGGGACGAAUACGAAAACUGAUGCUGGAGGUGCCAGAGAAGGUGCUCUUCGAUCAUUUCGACGAGAAUGACGUGUCCUAUGCAUACUUGGAAAAAUAUCAUAUUGCCAGGUUCCAGGUGCAUGCCCGCAAACACACACACUUAGGGCGACCCUAUUUCCAUUUGAUGAACAGCUGCCUAGUGCCGUUUCAUGCCGUCUAUAUUGUGCCCUAUGGAUCGCCGUAUUUGGGUUUCUUAAACAAACUCAUUCGCAGUUCACACGAGUUUGGAUUCGAGCGGUAUUGGGAUCGCAUUAUGAAUGCUGCGUUUAUUAAGUGGGGGGCAAAAGUGGUUUCCCGCCAACGUCACAACAGCAAUGACGAUCCGGUUGUCCUUAAACUGGAGCAUUAUCAAGCCGUGUUCUUUCUUUGGGUAAUAGGAAUUCUGCUGGCUUCAUUUGUAUUUCUCUGGGAGUGGAUCAUAGGCAGAAUUUGGCGUGGGCAAGCAAAUGCCAUGCAUAUACAUACAUAGAGUUAAUUGUUUAGACGCG